AUGAUGCUUCUGCCGAACGAGCCGCAGCUUUUCAACUCGGAAAGCUGGACGAAAGAUGUGAGUCUCUUGUUCAAAGGAUUAGAGAGCGCUCGGCCCCCACCGUUGAACAAAAAUACCUCUUCUGGUCAAUUUAUCUCGACCAGGUUUUUAAUCAUCGACCAUAUUGACCAGGAGAUCUUCUUUCCAACGCUCACAUUCAAAGAUAAAACGACAGGAGAGAGAAUAGAGUGCGUUACCGCUUUUCGUGAAUCAGUGGACAUACCAGAAAAUUGCGAGAGAGUAGAAGAAACAAACUUCGAAAACGCCCGUGACCGAAAUUGCUACCUCGCUCGCAUUCCCAAUAAUGACACUGAAUGGGCGGAAGUUCGAUGGCAGAAAAUGUACAAUUCAAAAUCGGAAGAAUCGCACAACGACGACAAGCUCGAGUUCAGCAAGGAUUCCAAAUUCGUGCUGAAGAUGUAUGCGGAUGUGCCUCUCAAAGUGCUUACGGUUUAUCAUGUUCGUGCGAUAUUUUACCCAUCUGAGGAUGACAGAAAUUCUGGAAGCCUUCACGUGAUCGAAGCCAAACAGACUGGGCCAAAAAGUUUGGCCGACGAAAAUGAAUUGCCUCCAAAGGAAACGCUCUUCGAAGACACUUUAGGAUUGCUGUCACAAACGCUGUUGGGAGAUCGUUUUGCUGCGAAGUUUUUGCUUUGCUCACUUGUCUCAUCGAUUUACAUGCGCAGAGCUGAAGUCAUUCUAGGGCCAAUAACACUGAAUUUGAAUCUAAAGGAUACAGCAGUCUAUCGAGCCAAAUCAAAAUCAAACAUUUAUGACAACAUCAGAAUCCCAUACAUAAAAAUCGCAACUAUUCAUCAUUGCGAAAGCUGUUUCAUUGGCAUCGAAAGAGUUCUCAAAGAAAUUGUUCCAUCACUCACCACACUACCUCUCUCAAUCGAUUACCUCAAUAAGCGACCAUUGGCGCCGACGAAGAACUACGAGGAUGAGGAGCUACUUCAUUCUGAUAUUUCUACCCAGGAUCGCGGACCGACCUUAGCUCAUAUCUCAAAGCCUGGAACACUGAUGGUCCUAAAUGAAUGUGGCAUAAGCGCUGGAAAUUUGACGCAAGUUGGAAUGAAAAAUAUUGAAACCCUCAAGCUUUUAAUUGAAGGAACGGUUUUCUCACGGUUUUUUUUAAUAAUGAUUUUCCAAACGAGACCCUCGGAAGAACAAAAACUUGAAUUCGACUACCAGUUCUACAAGAAGGACUUUGAAGUUGAUUCAAAUUGCCUUGUCAUCUCUAAGGGAAAGCCUUUGCUUCCGUUUGAUUACUCCGUUUUGGUGAAAUCAGACAUUGACUUGAACAUUGAAGAGUACUUUCAGCGAUUGCUCGAUACUGCCCGGGGCUCCUGUAUCUACGCAAAAAUCCGAUCGUACCUUGUUUCUUGCAGAUCAAGUCCUUACGAAGUAGGAGACGAGCAAAUGGUCCAGAACUUUAUAAUUGAGUCCAGACGCGCGAACGAAAAACUAGGAGUAAAAGAGCUUCAUCAACUUCUAGUGCUCGCCAGAAAGAAUGACAAAAGCUGCUGCCGAAGUAUGAUUUGGGGAGAGCGCUCUUGGGCGCACUCACUUGAGGCGCUCUGGAAGGGCGAAGACGAUCCACGGUCUACGAUGGGUUGGUACUGGGGAGGUGACUACUUUCGCUGCUCCAGCUACUUCAGGCCUAUAAAGGCUUCAACAGGGACUCGUUUUAUGUACGUUUCUGUAUUGUUCAUCUUCACUUCUUUAUCUGUCUUCCUUCUGUCUGAUAUUGUCAAGCAAAGAUUUUUCGAUGCAUCAUUCGUCUGCAAUACAUUCGUGGAAGGUUACAGAAGACCUUUUUCGUUUCAUUGCGACGAUCUUACCGCUCCAGCUGGCAUCUACAGAAUCUUCUUCAAUUUGUCAUUCUUUCAUCUCUUGCUUCUCGUCAUAACAGUUGGCACGAAAACGAAUCGCUCAGUCUCUGCCCGUCUGCACAAUGGAUUUUGGUUUUGGAAGUCGGCCCUUUUGCUUGUGAAUUUGUACGCAACGUUCAAGGUUAAUAUUUCACCGGCGAUGAAUGUACUGAUGAUAAUUGGAGUCGCCGGCGGUUGCGCUUUUCUAAUUAUUCAAUUAUUCUGCCUCUAUGACUUGGCGACAAAUGUUGCCCUCAGCUGGGAACUAGCAGCUAUUGAACGCGGAUACCACUGGAAUCUUCUUAUUUGGACGCUUUCCCUCCUUUUUUCAGGGAUCUCCAUUUGUGCGUACGUUCUGAUGUUCCACAUCUUCACAAAAAGCUCCGACGGAAGGACUUGUGUCUACAACGCGACUAUAUUCGGAGUAAACGCGACGUUAAGUCUGGUUUCCGUCUUAGUUUCUUUCUUAUAUCUAUCGAAAACUUCCUCAUCUGGCCAUGAUGUUUUACAAUCGUCACUUCUCACCCUUUACGUAACAUUUCUGGUUGGUACAAGUCUCAACUCCUAUCCGAAUAAGGAUAAGUCUGAGUCCUGCCGGGAUUUCACCUUCGUUGAGAAAAUAUUAAGCCAACAGAAUCCGUCUCGUUCAUCGGGUUACAUCAGUCCGAAUGAAAGUUUCUUUGGCGCGAGAACUGUUUCUGCAGAGGAAGCACUCGUCUUCGAAAUCGAAAAUAUUGUCAAAUGGUUCUCCAUCUUCAUAGCGGUACUAUCCGGUUGCUACAGCUCUGUGAUAAAUGUUGCAAAGUUCAAUGAGUUCCUGACGAUUCCAUCGCGCCCAAUGUUUUUGGAUUGCUCAAACAGAUGUGUCUCAAGACCGAAGACACCGGAGGAAAUUUAUGCGCCUUACAUUGACGAUGAAAAGAACAGCUUCAAGUAUACAUACUGGCAUUUGCACUUUGUAUUUAUAUGCGGCUCGUUCUAUAUGAUGGUUACUUUGACAAACUGGUUCGACCCCGCCGCAUCUGAAAGAUUUCGUACGGACCAAAUGGACCAUAUUGCUAAUGGUUCUAUGUCGAUCUUCUGGGUUCGUGCUUCUACGGCAUGCGCAUGUCAGCUUCUUUCUUUACUGACGAUAAUCGUAAAGCUCUACUACAAAAACAGUUCUUUGACACCCCGAUGGAAAUGGUUUUUACAUAUGGGAUUCAUACUUUAA